AUGUCAACCGAUACAGAUUUUUCUCUAUCUUCAUAUGAUGAAAAUCAGGGAUCUAAACUUAUCCGAAAAGCUAAAGAGGCAACAUUUGUCCCGACUCUUCCAGGGAUGGCAGGUUUUGCAGCAAUUGUUGCAUAUGGAUUAUACAAAUUGAAGAGCAGGGUAAAUACUAAAAUGUCUGUUCACCUGAUUCACAUGCGUGUGGCAGUCCAAGGCUUUGUCGUGGGAGCAAUGACUCUUGGUAUGGGCUAUUCCUUGUAUCGGGAAUACUGGGCAAAACCUGAACUUUAG